AUGGAGUAUAAAAGCGUACGCGACGUAAACGGCCGGUUCCAGAACGUUGGUGGGCCUCCGCCUGGGAUGACGAUGGGCAAUCUUAUAACCAUCAUGGGGAAGAACAUGGCGAAAGACAAAGCAUGCCGUCCGCAAGUGGAUAUUCCGGUGACGCCUAUGACCGCAGAAGCUCUCCGUGACGCAUGCCCAAUGUCGAUGUGGAAGCUUUCGCAUUCAUCGGUGCUGAUGAAGUUCCCUGGUAGCGGGAGAGGAAGUAGUGGUUUAUUGGUGCUGACGGACCCUGUGUUUUCGGAGCGGGCUUCUCCGUUCAAAAUGGCUGGUCCCCGGAGAUUUUCUCGAAUGCCCAUUACUGCGGACGAAAUGCCUGAUGUCCACGUAGUGAUGAUUUCGCACAAUCACUAUGACCACCUAGACGAGGAGACCAUCAAGACCCUGGCCCCCAAGACGUCGCACUUCCUGGUGCCGCUCGCUCUCGGCGAAACCCUUGUAGGCUUCGGCGUGCCUCGCGCAAAGAUCCGCGAAUUGGACUGGUGGCAGUGCACAGACAUUGGCGACCUCCGUUUCGUUUGUUCCCCCGCGCAGCACCACAGCGGUCGAGGGCUUUUCGACCGCAUGAAGACGCUCUGGUGCUCCUGGUCGAUCCACAUGCGUUAUCAAACCUGGACCGAACCAGCCUUGACCGGCCCCGAUGGUCAGAGAUGGUCUGUGAAUUUGCCGGCAAUUCCCGAGCCUUUGGAAAGAGUAGAGGGGAACAUUGCUGAAGGUCAAAACGCGGCCCCAACUGUUUCGACAGAGACGGCACCCACCCUCGACUUGCCGGUGAAAGACUUCAAGUUGUUCUUUAGCGGCGACUCAGGCUACCACUUGAUGUACCCGGCCAUUGGCAAGGUCUGCGGCCCCUAUGACGUCACUUUGAUGGAGAACGGACAAUACAACCGUGAGUACUGGCCCUACAACCACAUGCUACCGGAGCAAACCGUGCGGGCACACCUCGAACUGCGCGGCCGCUGGAUGGUGCCCAUUCACAACUGCACCUUCGACCUCGGCUUCCAUACCUGGGAAGACCCCCUCGAAUGCUCCCUCGCACUCUGUCGCGAACAAGGUGUCAAUCUUUGCACACCAAUGUUCGGCGAACGUGUCGACCUGCUCCACAUCAACACUUGCUCUCGCUGGUGGCGCAAGGUUCUCAAACAAGAAGACAGACUAACGGCAGAACAGGAAGCGGACAACGAACCAAAGUCGCUGGAUGCCGUCUAA